GGACGUGCGAAGGGAGCAAGUGAGUAAGGUGGGGGCAUGGGCGUGCAUGUUAGUACCGCCAGCAGCAGCGGAAGCAGAGGACAAGGAUGAGCAGGUGGGGGCAAGAGCAUGUGUACCAGCAGCGGCGGAAGCGGAAGUGGUGGAUGAAGGGGUGGAGGCACGGGCAUGUGUGGUGGCAGCAGCGGAAGAGGAAGGGAAAGAAGAGAAGGUGGGGGCAGAGGCGUGUGUAGCAGCAGCAGCGGAAGAGGAAGGGAAAGAAGCGAAGGUGGGGGCACAGGCGUGUGUAGCAGCAGCAGCAGAAGAGGAAGGGAAAGAAGCGAAGGUGGGGGGCACAGGCGUGUGUAGCAACAGCAGCAGCAGAAGAGGAAGGGAAAGAAGCGAAGGUGGGGGCACAGGCGUGUGUAGCAGCAGCAGCAGAAGAGGAAGGGAAAGAAGCGAAGGUGGGGGCACAGGCGAGUGUAGUGGCAUCAGCGCUAGCAGAAGGGAAAGCCAAGAAAAAGGGGGCAUGGGCGUGCGCACCAGCAGCCGCAGAAGCAGAAGGAAAAGACGAGAAGGUGGGGGCACGGGCACGUGUACUAAAGGCAGAGAAGCAAGCGCAGGAAAGUGGGAUGGCGGAGCAGCAAGUGAGGAAGCUGCGGGAAGAACAUCCAGAGCUGAAGGGGGAUAG